GCUGACAGCGCAGUGGAGCGUGGAAGACGAGGAGGAGGCAGCAAGAGAGCGACGGCGGCGGGAGCGGGAGAAGCAGCUGAGGUCCCAGGCCGAAGAGGGCUUGAAUGGCCCUGACUCCUGCUCAGAGAGCGCGGGUCCAGCACAGGAAAACCACUAUGACUUUAAGCCAUCCGGAACUUCGGAGCUGGAGGAAGAUGAGGGGUUCAGUGACUGGUCCCAGAAGCUCGAGCAGCGCAAACAGAGGUCUCCACGACAGUCAUAUGAAGAAGAGGACAGUGGUGUGAGGGAAGCUGAAGUCAAACUGGAGCAGAUCCAGCUGGAUCGGGAAAGCCCGGAGGAGAUUCAGGAGGAGAAUGUGGUUAUCAGGGAGGAAGAGAGACUGUACCAGGGGGAAGAACAGGUCCAAGAGCAGGAGGAAGAGGAGAACGCUGGGCAAGAGGAAAAGAAGAGAAGGAGAAACGAAGAUGAAGAAGAAACACCAGAAAAACGCCAGAAGGCCCCCAGUCCUGCUAGCCUGGAAGAGGAGGAGCUGUGCUCUGACAACAGUGCAGUGUGCUCCAUGAAGAUCACGGACAGAACCGAGUCGCUGACAAUAAAGGUAUUGCUAGGUAACAGCAUAAAGAAGACCCAGCCUCCCCUGCCUGUGUCGAAGAUUGAUGACAGGCUGGAGCAGUACACACAGGCUAUUGAGACAUCCACAAAGACUCCAAAACCUGUCCGACAGCCAUCUCUUGAUCUUCCCACCACAAGCAUGGUGGUAGCCAGUACAAAAAGCCUCUGGGAGACUGGAGAGGUUGCAGCUCAGUCUGCCGUGAAGUCCUCGCCCUGUAAGGAUAUCGUGGCUGGAGAUAUUGUGAGUAAAAGAAGCCUUUGGGAACAGAAGGGCAGUCCCAAACCUGAGACCAAUGUCAAGUCCAAUCCUUCUGGCAAGAAGUAUAAAUUUGUUGCCACAGGCCAUGGUCAGUACAAGAAGGUGUUGAUAGAUGACGCUGCAGAGCAAUAGCAUGCCUGGAGAACUCAUUAACCAGCUGAGCUUGGUCCUGGCUCCAUGCAACCCUCAAUGCCACUAUUUCCUCUGCUCCACAGAAGAUAAUGGAAGGAUGUUUCUCUUCUCCUGCCUGAUGUCAGUCUGCUCUGGUGUACGGCCUGACUCCUCUCGGGGUGUGAGCAAUACCCCACGCUGCCUCUGGUUGGAU